UACUGAUAAACCUCCAGAGACCGCUCCAGCCCUGAGACUAGAGCCACACACAGGAGAUCAAGUGACACUGCAAUGAAAGGUGACGCUGCCAAAGCAUGCGCCCCAAAUGGCAUCAGCCAAGCCAAGGACCAGACGCCCCCCUCGGAGGAGAAGAUGGAGGAGCGGGGCCAGUGGGCCAAUAAGAUGGAGUUUAUUUUGUCCGUCGCCGGCUCCAUCAUCGGCCUGGGCAACAUGUGGCGCUUCCCGUACCUCUGCUACAAGAAUGGAGGAGGUGCGUUCUUCAUCCCCUACUUGAUCUUCCUGUUCACCUGCGGCGUCCCCGUCUUCUUCUUGGAGGUAGCCCUGGGCCAGUACACCAGCGAGGGAGGCAUUACCUGCUGGAGGAAAAUCAGUCCGUUGUUUGAAGGUCUUGGCUAUGGCACCCAGGUGAUAGUGACUCUGUUGAACUUCUACUACAUCGUUGUUCUUGCCUGGGCCAUUUUCUACCUGUACUACUCCUUCUCCUGGGACCUGGCCUGGUCGCACUGCAACAACACCUGGAACACAGAAAACUGUGUGGGGCUACAUAGGAGAAACACCUCAAUUGAACAAACAACCAACCCAAAUGCCACCUCUCCCGUCAUCGAGUUCUGGGAGAAAAGAGUGCUGAGGAUUUCCCCGGGCAUCGACCACAUGGGCGGUAUGAACUGGGACCUGGCCCUGUGUCUGUUCAUCGCCUGGGUCAUGUGCUACUUCUGUAUCUGGAAGGGGGUGAAAUCCACAGGAAAGGUGGUCUACUUCACCGCAACCUUCCCCUAUCUGAUGCUGAUCGUGUUGUUGGUCAGAGGGCUAACCCUGCCUGGUGCUGCGAUCGGCAUCCAGUUCUACCUUUAUCCAGACCUGGGACGCCUGGCAGACCCACAGGUGUGGAUGGAUGCUGGCACCCAGAUCUUCUUCUCCUACGCCAUCUGCUUAGGGUCACUGACUGCUCUGGGAAGCUACAACAAAUACAACAAUAACUGUUACAGGGAUUGCAUUGCGUUGUGCUUUCUGAACAGUGCCACCAGUUUUGUGGCGGGCUUUGCGAUCUUCUCCAUCCUGGGUUUCAUGUCCUAUGAGCAGAAUGUUCACAUCUCAGAAGUGGCAGAAUCUGGUCCUGGCCUGGCCUUCAUAGCUUACCCCCGCGCUGUGAGCAUGAUGCCUUUCUCUCCCCUGUGGGCCGCCCUCUUCUUCAUCAUGAUCGUCUUUCUGGGGCUUGACAGUCAGUUUGUGUGUGUCGAGAGUCUCGUGACGGCGAUAGUCGACAUGUACCCCGCCGUGUUCAGACGUAAAAAACGCAGGGAGCUCUUCCUGUUAGGUGUGGUCUUCGUCUCCUUCUUCAUGGGCUUCAUCAUGCUGAUGGAGGGAGGCAUGUAUGUUUUCCAGCUCUUUGAUUACUAUGCAGCCAGUGGCAUGUGUCUUCUCUUCAUGUCCAUCUUUGAAACCGUCUGCAUUGCAUGGGUCUAUGGUGCAGACCGCUUUUACGAUAACAUUGAGGACAUGAUUGGCUACCGUCCAGGAUGUUACUUCAAGUACUGUUGGUUGUUCCUCACCCCGGCCACGUGCAUUGGUACUUUUGCCUUCUCUCUCAUCAAAUACACCCCUCUAAAGUACAACAACGAGUAUGUGUACCCUUGGUGGGGUUAUGCCAUUGGCUGGCUGCUUGCUCUCGCCUCCAUGGUCUGCAUUCCACUUUGGAUGGUGUACAAGAUCAGCACCACCCAAGGGACGUUCAGAGAGCGCAUCCAGCUGCUCAUCACACCAUCGGACGCCUUACCCAAAACCAAGAGGGAGCAGGAAAACUUACUGGCCAUCUUUGCUCCGGAGGGAGACGCUGCCAUGGUUAGAAACGGCUACUAUCCUGUCUCAGAGACAGACUCCAACUUAUGAGGCCCCGUGGUGAUGUGUAUGGGAAAGACAUGUGGGUUUUUGGUUCCAUCCUUGACUUGCUGCACCCUCACCUCCAUUCCAAAGAUCACUGCAGGGAAAGAUCACCAUUAAGUGUCACAUCAGCGAUUUUAAAUUAUAACAGAUAUGGAGGACUCAGGAGAUAACAGGCAUACAGUGUGUGGGGUUUGGCAGCGCCUGUACAUUUCAGGGAUGGCAGUAAUGUAGAGAAGGAUAAAGAUAAAUAAAUUAAAAAGUCAUUUAUUUGAGUUUUAAAGGGACAAAGGCACUUUUUAUUCAGGGACAAAAGUUAUUAACUCUACUCAAACUGAAAUCUAUGAAUACAUUGGCAUAUAUUCAACUCUGCAUUUCACGGAUGAUUUAAAUCAACUGAUUCAAGGUCAGCUGAAAUUUACGAGUCAGCCUUGGUAAAGUGUUACAAUUUUAUAAUAGAGGUUGAUGACGUUUUCAUCUCAAUCAAAGGUGGCAAUUGUAGAGACAGACACACAGGUUCCCCCAAAAAUUUAUAAUGAGGAUAAAGUUUGUGUCAAUGUAACACUAAGAAAAUCAGUGAUGGAACAGGUUCACCAUUUGUUACCGCUACAUGUCAGAUAUGUGUCCUUGUAUAUCUGACAUUGCUUCGUGGCUACUUAGCCAUAUUUGUAUCAUAUAUUUUUAUUAUCAUAAAUGAUUGGGGCAAAGUUUCCUUUUUGUAUUUGCAAGAAUUAAAAUAAAAUGUUGCGUUUCACAUGAAUGGGCUGUGUAAUGAAAGGACAUGUCAGUAAAAAGUAUAAUACUGUAGCACUGCUGUAGCUGUAGGACUAACAUGACAUAUACAACGUAGGUUCAUAUUUUGUACUGUAACAGAAUAUGACUGUACAAAUGUGAAUCUUGUAAGUAUGUUUUUAAAUAAACAUGCAACAUUUCAUGUUUUCUUGAAUAAUUGCUAUGCAGUGCUGUAUUAAAUUCUGAUAAACAAA